CUUUCCGCAGUCAAUCAGUCCUGGUUCGGUUUGGAAGUAGCACCACGCUCGACCCUAGCCGAUGCCCUCUUCGAAGACCUCUAGUUCCAGCGCCACCGACUCAGUUACACCGAAGCCGAAGCUCACAUCGAAUUAAGUCCCAGUCCCAUUACGCUGCCCACUAGUUCACUCUCAGUUUUAUUGUCGCCGCGCUCAUGACCGCCUUCUAAGCGCAGUCCGUUUCCCGCACUCUGUCUUGUUGCGUUAGGUGUAGUUCCGUAGUUCUGAUAGUUAGUUAGUUAGUUCCAAGAUGAAUUCCUAUAAUCUCCACGCGAGGCUCUUCGUGCUUUUCACCGGGUAUGUCGUGUGCCAAGCUGCGUCCCCCGGCUCACCUGUCACCAGUAAAAAUAUACCACCUUACAUUAAGCAAUGCAGAGAAGCAGACCCAAAAUUAUCAGAAUGUAUAAUACAAGCAGUGAACCAUCUGAGGCCAUAUUUAGUCAGAGGAAUUCCUGACAUCCAGUUGCCGUCCGUAGAGCCGUUCAGGAUGGAACCUUUCUCUUUAGCUCUGGCGACAGGUCCUGACGGAUACAAAAUAACGCUACGAGAUAUCGAUUUGCGAGGCGCCAGCAAUUUCACCAUCACUAAACUCAAGUUGUCACGAGGCUCACAACCUUUCGAGGCCAAAAUCCGAAUUCCUGCUCUAGUGAUGGACUCGCACUACUCGAGUAGCGGAGUGCUCAUAGUCAUACCGGCCAGCGGCAACGGAACUUUCCACGCUGAUUUCGGUGAUAUCUUGGCGACGGUGAAAGGAUACAUGUCGACGGUGAAAGAAGAGAGGACGAAGAGGGACUACUUCCACCUCGACAAAUUAGACCUAGAUCUCAAUAUCAAAAAGGCUCGCAUGUCUGUUAGUAAAGUUUUCAACAAUAACAAAAUUUUAGUUGAAGCUACUAACUUGUUCCUAGAGGCUAAUGGUCAGGAGGUGCUACAAGCCAUGAUGCCGCAACUAAGAGGGAAACUCAGCAACGUCUUCAAAGGAAUCGUCAACCAACUCCUGUCCAAUGUGCCUCGUGACGUCAUGGUCAUCUAAGACCUGAGGUGCAAUUUCCUAGACGUAAUUUCCCUGACAGCCUAGGCACAGCUGAAGUUUCCUUGUUCCCACCAUACGCGUGUGCUCGAAGGCUGUGGGGGCCACCCAGUGAUUUGGUCUCAGAAUUUGGGAUCAACUCACUAGUGCAGCAAUUUGAGUUGCUGUGAGGACUAAGAUCAAAAUUGCUUUCGGGAGAUGUUGUCUUCCAAAUAGCGACUAAACUUUGAUCAUGACUGUUUUUAAUUAAUAGUAAACUUAUUUAUGUAUUAAAUUAAGUUGAGAAAAUAAAGUCCUAAAACACAAAAAAA